CUCCCCCCGUGGGCUCCUGGGGGCACAACUUCUACUGGAUCCUGAUCCCGCAAAGCAGUUUCCUGUUCAUUUGGGACGAGGGUGUGGCAGAACCAAAGGGGGAGCAAAAACCUGAGCCUUAUAAAGAAACAAGCUCUCUUUAUUAGGCAGCAAGAAGUUGAAUCAGUGACGUAACAAAGCACAGCUGAUCUGGAAGCAGCAUGUACACAUCCAUCCCCCAGAGUGGCUCUCCAUUCCCAGCCUCAGUGCAAGAUCCAGGCCUGCACAUAUGGCGAGUGGAGAAGCUGAAACCGGUGCCCAUAGCACGUGAGAACCAGGGCAUCUUCUUCUCUGGGGACUCCUACCUAGUGCUCUACAAUGGCCCAGAAGAGGUCUCCCAUCUCCACCUGUGGAUAGGCCAACAGUCAUCCCGGGAUGAGCAAGGCGCCUGCGCUGUGCUGGCCGUGCACCUCAAUACUCUGCUUGGGGAGCGACCUGUGCAGCACCGUGAGGUGCAGGGGAAUGAGUCUGACCUCUUCAUGAGCUACUUUCCACGUGGCCUCAAGUACCAGGAAGGUGGAGUGGAGUCAGCGUUUCACAAGACAACCUCGGGAGCUAGCCCAGCUGCCAUCAAGAAGCUCUACCAGGUGAAGGGGAAGAAGAACAUCCGUGCCACUGAGAGGGCACUGAGCUGGGACAGCUUCAACACAGGGGACUGCUUCAUCCUGGACCUGGGCCAGAACAUCUUUGCCUGGUGUGGUGGGAAAUCCAACAUUCUGGAGCGCAACAAGGCAAGGGACCUGGCCUUAGCCAUCCGGGACAGUGAGCGGCAGGGCAAGGCCCAAGUGGAGAUUAUCACUGAUGGAGAGGAACCAGCAGAGAUGAUUCAGGUUCUGGGCCCCAAACCUGUUCUGAAAGAGGGCAACCCUGAAGAAGACCUCACAGCUGACCAGACCAAUGCCCAGGCUGCAGCCCUGUAUAAGGUGUCUGAUGCCACUGGACAGAUGAACCUGACCAAAGUGGCUGACUCCAGCCCCUUUGCCUCUGAGCUGCUGAUCCCUGAUGACUGCUUCGUGCUGGACAACGGGCUCUGUGGCAAAAUCUACAUCUGGAAGGGGCGAAAAGCUAAUGAGAAGGAGCGGCAGGCAGCCCUCCAAGUGGCUGAAGGCUUCAUCUCUCGCAUGAGAUACUCCCCAAACACUCAGGUGGAGAUUCUGCCCCAGGGCCGAGAGAGUCCCAUCUUCAAACAAUUUUUUAAGAACUGGAAAUGAGGGCCAUCCCUGUCCCUGCUCCCUGCCUCCCACCUCCUGCCUGCUCCUUCCCCCUCUGGCUGCUGGGUCAGCACUGAGGUACCUCUGCAGAUGCUCAAUAAAGGAGACAAGUGCCUUUACCAGCUCACUUUCUG